CUCUCUCUCUCUCUCUCUCAGUUGAUGAGAUGGUUAAGGGUUUGUUUAAGAAUUACUUGGUUCAAAGGCUGUCUGCGGAGCCCAAGAGACGGGAAUACAACCUCAAGUCUCUAAAGGCUGUCAACAGGAAUCAGAAAAGAAGGAAGAUGAAUAAUGAGAACAAAGUAUCUGGAGUAGAUGUCAUUGGUUAUCAGAUUACAAAUUAUCAACAAAAGCGUGCAAUCAUAAGACUUAGGGGAGGGGUAGAACUACAGGCAAGCUUUGUUGAAUUUCCUAAAGCUGAGAAGAGAAGAGCAAUUAGUUGUUUCAAAGCAACUCGGCAAGUAAGCCAUCAAUCUAUUUUGGCACCUAUUUUCCUCUGCUAUAAUAAAAAAAAAAAGAAAGGAUGUUACUAUUCUACGAGGAUGCUACUUUGUUGGCUGAUUGGGAAGGAGGAGAUGCGAGCUGGUGGCAGCAAAAUACACUUGAACAGAUACGGGUCACAAAAUAUUUGCACGACAAAGGGUUUAUUCAUACAGGCCUGAAUGACCCAAGGAACUUCGCUAUUCAAGAUAACAAGUUGAAGAUGUUAAACGUCACAUCAAGUCUACAUGAGUACCUACAGACACAUCCGAAUAGCAAUGGAGAGACGGUCAAGAGAGACAACUUCAAAAGUCUCAGGCACUUGAUGAGGCUGAGAAAUCAGGAGAAAAAGGCUCUAACUGGGAUUGAUGAAGCAUUUUUCAACUUAUUUGACCGUGAUGAUUUACACUACACAGACUGGGUUCAUAAGCUAAUCACUCAUCCAUAUGGUAUGAAUUCUAGAA